AUGACGAUUCAUCUCGAACUUGAUAUUGAAGAGGACAUAGAGAGCAAGAUGGCCGAACUUGACCGUCUGAGGCGACUUGGCAGGUUUCGUGAAGCAGACGCAUACUUACAGAACAAUCUUUCUGGUCACCUCCAGGAUGUCUCGGUAAUUCUUGUAUAUGCAAACCUACUGCUUGAACAAGGAGACUAUGGCCGUCUCUUUGGCUUCUUUGCCAGCGAGACCGACAUCAGCAGGGCAUCGACCGAUAUGGCACCUGGACAGCUUUCCGACAAACCAGCCGAAGAAGUCAACCUUGCUUUGUUGUUACAGCUAGCUAGGUGUCGUAGCGACCCGGAUCUGCAGAACGCAAAUACCAUAGCUUGUAUCGGCUUCAACUUCUUGCAAGAGCAGGCGGUUCCAGAUGGCGUGGGAACGAUAGAGAUCUUCACCACGAUCUACUAUAGUUCGGAUAUUAUCACGGCAUUUGACUUUGAUUUUUAUGCAAGCGGCUGGCAGAAGUGGGUAGGCCACUACCGCAGUUUACUUAAUGAGGGCCGUCAUUGGGAGUUGCGUGAUAUCGUCGUUGCUUUUGUUCCAGCAUUUGGGCCUGUGCAGACUUGCACCAGUCUCUUUAAGACGGACUCGUUGGUCGCUGGAGUUUCCAAACUCGUCCACGAAUGGGCGGUAGCAAGUGUUGACGACGAGACGAGCAGGAUCUGUCUUCUCGAUAUCCUUGUGUCCAUAUGCAAGGGAAUCAACUUUUAUCUCGUUGAUGACAGCAGCUUUCUCGAGGUUGCUUCGUUUGCGUUCAAGCAAGCUAGACUGGUUGCGGCUUCUCUCAAGGAGAAUGAUCCAGGAAACAUCAAGUGUCGCUCUUAUCUCAGGUGGAUAGUAGCUGAGACAGAGCAUUCAAAAAUUGUCGACGGACAUUGGGGGAAGAAAGGCAAUCUGUCGUAUCAGUUCUUCAGAACUUUUCCUGGACGAAAAGUCUGGUACGGAUUGGAAGUUCUUCCGAUGUAUGCUCCCAUGGCUGCGGAAAACCCCGGCUGGCCGGUGAUAGAUGCUGAGAGCUCAGAGACGUCGCUUAAGUGCGACGAGCUGUUGAAAGCUGCAUUGGACGCGGCCCGCGAGCUUGGAGACUUGACCACGCAGGUGGCAUGUUUGAAUGAAAUGAUAUGUCGCUCGCACGACCCCAGAUCCCUAUUCGUGGAUCUCGACCAUCUGCAAUACUUGGAGAUGGGCGAUAAGCUCGGAGCAUUGCGGACGCGACUCAAUAAAUACUUACUAGCCACCAGAGACGGCUAUCGAAGCGAACUACGACGGGAGCUGAUCGAAUUAGAUCCCGAACUGCCUAUCUGGAACAAAUUCAUGCACCCGGCGUUUGAGUAUGUCUACAGCCGGGUCAUGUACGCGCUAUUGCUGGCUGCCGACGGUGACUCGGAAGAGUCGCGAAUCACAGACAGUCGGGCAGAUGAGAUGGAAAAGCACUUUCCAGACAGCUUUCCCGACCUGAAGGUGCCUGAUCCCCAUCGCCGGCUUCGAACCAGGGUGAGCCCAGCACAGGAUGCAACUGUCGAAGAGCCACGGCUACCAAGAGAAUACUAUGAAAGACGACCAGCGAGCAACGGCGAUGUUGAUAUAGGUCAAAGCGGACGUGGAAACGCGGCGGAGCGUUUCGCGCGUGCUUCACAGUGCGACCAGGAGCCUACGUUCAGCUCCCAUGAAGUGCCCAGAUCAGGACAAGAAACUUCAAAGAAAAUAUCUCAUAACCUGGUCAUAUCACAGAGAAAGUCUCUAGGCGAAAUAGAAAGAAGCGGGCAUGUGGGCGGGUGA